CAUAAGGAUACAGAGCAUUUCAACUUCUCGUCAGGCCUGGAGGAAGGCAGAGACAGGUGUCCGUACGAUCCUGCCAAGGGCUUCACGGGCCUCCUCAUAGAGGGGGAGAUGUUCACGGCGUCGCAGUACGAGUUCCGCAUCUCCGACGUGCGGCGGAACUUUCCGCUGCCCGCCCUGCGGACGGAAGAGGCGCCGACGCGGUGGCUGCUGGAGGCGGACUUUGUGGGCUCGGCGCUGCUGAAGGAGCACGUGAACAGCUCCAUCGGCGACGACGACAAGAUCUACUUCUUCUUCACGGAGCGGAGCCAGGAGCUCACGGCCUACCCCAGCCAGACCAGGGUGGCCCGAGUGGCCCGCGUCUGUAAGAGCGACUGGGGCGGCCAGCGGACCCUCCAGAAGAGGUGGACUUCCUUCCUGAAGGCCCGGAUGGUCUGCUCCGUGCCCGACUACGAGCUCCACCUCAACAUCAUGCGGAGCGUCUUCGUCCUGCAGGAGGCCGACGCCCACUCCUCCGUCUUCUACGGCGUCUUCGGCCUGGAAUGGAAGAACAUCAAGGCGUCGGCCAUCUGCCAGUACUCCUUCGCAGAUGUGCAGUCGGCCUUCGACGGGCCCUACAUGGAGGUCCUGGACUCGAAGUGGAGGGAAUACACCGGGAAGGUUCCGGAACCAAGACCCGGCUCUUGCAUAACGGACGUGCACAGAUCCCAGGGCAUCAACUCAUCCCGGGACCUGCCUGACAGCGUCCUCACCUUCGCUCGACGGCACCCCCUGGUGGCCGGCCAGGUGCAUCCUAUGGGUGCACGACCUCUGAUGUUCAAGAGGAACGUCAAUUACGUCAAGAUUGCUGUGCACAAAGUGACGGCGCUGGACGGAGACGUCUAUCCCGUGUUCUUCUUAGGAACCGAUCACGGUUGGCUGCACAGAGCUGUAGACAUCGCUGGAGAAAUGCACAUCAUUGAGGAGCUGCAGCUGUUUGAUAAGCCUCAGCCCAUAGAGAGCCUAGUCCUAUCCCCAAUCAUGCGAAGCGUGUUCGUGGGCUCCUACUCCGCCGUGGUGCAGGUACCCAUGGCAACCUGCCGGAGGUACACCUCCUGCUACGACUGCGUCUUCGCCCGGGACCCCUUCUGCGCCUGGGACAGGAAGAGCUGCGUUGAGAUAAGGCCGCACGGCCAGAGGUCGAACCUGACCCAGGAUAUUAUCAGAGGAACCAGGGGCUGCAGGAACAGCACAGGAUACGUGGCCCAGCGGGGGCGCUCCGUCAUGGCGGGCGACGACGUCCUCCUGCAGUGCGAGCUGCACUCCAACCUGGCCACGCCCCGCUGGACGCUCAACGGGCGUGAGCUGCAGGGCUACAGCCUCACCGGCGGCUACCGCGUGGGCACCGACGGCCUGCUGAUCGUGGGCGCCCGCCCCGCGCAGGGCGGCACCUACCGCUGCUUCGCCGUGGAGAACGCCAUCUGGGUGCCCGUGCGCCAGUACUCCGUCCGCGUGCACACCGACCCCGGUCUCCACGGCGACAACGCCGACACCACGGGCACCCCGCCGACCCCGUCGCCGACGCCGGACCCCACGGAGUCCCCCGUCGCCACGGGCGGCCCCACCGAGCGCCCGCUGCCCUCCCCCCCCGCCCCGCUGCCCUCGGCGUCCGGGUCGGGGGGCACGUACCGCCACAUGGAGGCGGUGUACGUCUCCCUGGUGGCCGUGCUGGGCGGGCUGUGCCUGGUGCUCACCGUGGUGCUGCUGUACGUCAGCUGCUGCACGGCCGCCGGCAACCGCCGCCGACGCCGCGCCCGCGCCCGCAAGUUCUCCCAGCAGGGGCUGCAGAUCCUGGGCGAGACGGAGGGGCGGCGGCGGCGGGGCAGCUCGCCCCUGGAGCUGCGCACCAUCUCGGGCCACUGCAACGGGCGGCUGGGCGCCCGCCACUCCGACUCGCUGUCCAGCCUGGACGACCCCCUGGACGGCUUCCUGCAGAUCGUGGCGGGCGGCCAGGGGCGCGGGCUGGUGUCGCCGUGCGAGACGCCGCCCGCGGCCCCGCCCUUGCCCCCGUCGGCGCACUCGGCUCCGACGCCGCCGCCGCCGCCGCCGCCCGAGUUCGCCAACGGGCUGUCGGGCACGCUGCCGUCGGUGCUGCGCAAGAUGAACGGGAACAGCUACGUGCUGCUGCGGCAGGUGGACCAGGAGGGCACGUCGCCGCUCUACCACUCCUUCACCGAGGAGCUCAACCGCAUCCUGGAGCAGAGGAAGCACACGCAGCUGGACGUGCUGCCCGACGAGAGCUCCAUUUAGGCUCCGCCUCCGCCCCCCCCCUCGCAGUUUAGGCACCGCCGUUUGUCGAUUUAUGAUUUAUCCCCCCGAGAGCGACCCCUUGUGGCAGGGAGGACUAGCUGGGGUUAAACGAGAGGGUGGCUGAUGCUGUUGUCGUUUCUACAGUGUUACUGUCCAUGUGGGCUUGGUCUGAACUGGAAUAUCCCGUCCCUCCCCCCCUGCUGUGACUCUUGCUGCCCGUGUAUUUCAGUCCACACUGGAGGAUCCUUAACUUAAUUUACAUUGAGAGGAAAAGCUGUGAAACACAUGUGGGACACCGGCCUGACGGUACCGCGUGUAAUGGCCUCAUUGAGUCACACUAAGGCAACGAGGAUGCUGGUUGAAACGAUCCUACCUCAGCAGGGAGUGGGAAACGGAUCAGUGACUCAAAGACCCUUGGAAAGACCUAGGUGCCUUUGAGCAAGACACCGCUCUUUGCCUGUUCCCGGUUAACCGAUGAUCUCUCUGAAAUCCUUCGAGAGCGGUGCGAUGCGUGGUUGAGUGGGUGUAUCAGAGGCACGUUUCACUCUUAAGUGGCCAAAAUAGCUUGGAAAGCGGAACUACGGAAGUCAAAUGUAUCAUCUGUACUGUUUGAAACAGUCCAAACCAAAUGGGAGAUGGGAUCGUUUAUUUUAAGAGACACUCAGAGAUUCAGAGGAACCCGCUCCAUUGAAGCACAGCUUGUUAGACGAAUAUUACUUUAAGACAAAGCAUAUUUUAAACCACCUUUGUGUAUAGAACUGGUAUAUAUAGCAUAACUGUUAUAGCAAAUAGUAGCGGUGCGAUUGGUCCGAAUGGUAGCAAAAUCAAAACUACUUUUCUUUUUUUCUACUGACCUGGUUCUCGUUGGAUUUCUCUGAGUGAGUGGGAGGAGGACUGUCCUAUUAGCAGGCGGUAGUUCAUCAUGUGGAACAGGGUCGGGUUGAUUAUUAAUCAAUGACACCUGCUGACACCGUGCUGGUGCAGGGACCUCCUGGGGUUGUCUCUGGUGAGUGGAGCGGAGAAGAUCAGGACGGGUCACUGAUACAUUCGUCUUUUGGGAUGCGUCAUUGUGACGUACCUCACCUUCCCUUUCAACACUAACCCUAACCCUAAAGCUGUUGUUAACAGAGUGACCGAUACUCAUCCAUAAACUUUCUCAAGUCACAUUUUGUCGUCAAAAAAAAAAAUGUGCAGCGUUUAAAAAAUGCUAAAAAAAAAUAACCCCAAGAGAAACAACGGCAAAUUAGUGUUUUUUGUGUUCCUUGCCAUGACCAUCCGAUGCUGGCGACAUGCCCAAAGCUACAUGUCCAAAGUAAAGGACCUUCACACUGACGAACCUGCGUCAUGGCAACCCAGUCCCCCCCCUCCCCCCAAAUGCCCUCAGCCUUUAUCUGACGUCAGCGCAGCACUAAAAGAACCAUCACCUUUUGGAAAGGGCUCACCGAAUGACCUUGGUGUGGAAGGACCGUAAUGGCUUUACAUCUGUACUAAUUAGCUUUAAAAGGAGUGUAACCUUGCACUUGAGGAGCCCGCCGUUACAGGGCUGUCCUGGCCGCUGGCGGAUCGAUGGGGGCGCGUGUGUGUUCCUCUUGUUGAGUCAGCGCCGGUGGGUUCCCUGGAGGCUCCCGGCACCCGGGUUGAGUGUCCGUCACGACACGAGCGACGGCAGAAGCUUGUCCCCUGUCUGGCCGCUGAAAGAGAGAGACAGCAGGAGAGAGGGGUAGAGAGAGGGAGGACAGGAGAUUGAGAGCAGCGAGCGUGUUGGAUUAAUGGGGUGAGGCACCAGGGAUAACAUACCGGCCCUGUUUGAUAACAGUUGGCAGACCCAGAGGAUCCUUCAUUGAUUCGGUGUCUGUAGCGGGGGACGUGGCGUUCGAUCUGAAUCUGGUCCAAUUGGAGGCACCAGGUGGAUCAAAGCUGACCGAUCUUCCCUAACCUUUCUCUCACCCUCUAUCUCUCUCCCUCUCAUCUGUCUCACCCUCUCUCUGGCUCUAUUUCUCCAUCUCUCUCUCUCUCUCUCUCUCUCUCUCUCUCUCUCUCUCUCUCUCUCUCUCUCUCUCUCUCUCUCUCUCUCUCUCUCACCUUGCCGCUCUCUCACCCUCACUCCAUCUCUCACCCUCAGUCUAUCUUUCCCAUACCCUAACUCUCUCACCCUGUCUCUCUCACCCAGUCUCUCUCACCCUGUCUCUCUCACCGGCACUCUCUCUCUCUCGAACACCCUCUCAUCAUCUCUCUCUCUCCCCCCCUUUUCCCUCCAUUGUAACCUGCCUGCCAUCUCUCAAGGUCUCCACUAUUGGCUCACAAAUUGCUCGGAUAGCCACUAAUCAAUUAGAAGUGCUCUUCCUUCUCCCCAAAGAGCUCCUGUCUUGUGCUGCUUGUAAUUUGCGAUGAGAAGGAUUAUGGGAUGUGGGUUCCUGCUAGUGCUGCCGGAUUAGCAUUUAAACGUUUGGUUCACGAGCCAAAGACUUGUGAUUUAUCACACACACACACACACACACACACACACACACACACACACACACACACACACACACACACACACACACACACACACACACACACACACACACACACACACACUCUCUGUUUGUUUGACUGUGUGAUUUGCUGGUUUGGUUAAUUAGGACCAAGGUAUGAGUCCAGAGGUGAAGUAGACCUGCUAUUUGAUUAAUUAUGGGCAAACCAAUAGUUGUUUUGUCUUUUCAUAGAUAUUCCGGCUCUUCCAGUGAAUGGAAAACACAACAGGAAUAUUCUCUUUUCAUCACUCUGAAGGACUCUGUUUACAACCGGCAUGGAAACAGGACGUGAUGUUGUGUGUUCUCCUGUGGUCAGAAAGAUCAACGGAAAGCAUCCUUCCCUUCUGUUUCUCUCCGUACACAAAGACGCGUCAGGCUCCCCGUCGACGGCGGUCCACAAUAGGCCCACGGACCGUGCUGAGAACCGCCAACCCUGGAAGAAACAGCCUUGGAUCGUGUGGCCAAAGAAACUGCCGUUUUCACAAGAGACGUCACGAUUUGCACUUUUGUUGAAACAACUUUAACGUGGUUCUACCUUUUCGUAAACGACAACAAUCUUAGCUGACUGUGUAUAGUAUUGGUAUUAUUUUGAAAUGUAAGCCUGCGUACUAUACAAUAGCUUAAGAUAACAGUUACUACCUAUUUGUAAUUUAUAUACCAUGUUAUAUUUAUUUCCAUAUAUAUUUCAUUCCCGCUGUCCUUUGCACAGGCAUGAACCACUUUGCAUCAUCUUGCGAGAAAAAGGAAACGUAAUCAUUUUCUGUGUCGGUAGCCCUGAGGGAAUGUCAGCCAGAUUUCCAAGGAAACAUGUUCACACACACAUGGAUCCGAUUCUAUCGGCUCACACUGCCGGUACACGGGGGGAGAAGGUGGGUUGUCACGGGCCCUUCUGCCCCUGCCUAUCGCUCCUGAACCCCCUGGAGCCAAUCGGUCACCCAUUCGAUUUGAUUCAAUUCAAUUCAAGUCAAUUCAUACAGCCAGUUAUCAAAUGUAUAGUCUAAAAGGGCUUAACAGGCCUUAUAUAUUUACGACAGCUUUUAUGACAAAAUUCGAUGAGAUUUUAAAAA